AUGGGAGAAGUGGUGAAUCACAUGCACAAAGAGGACGAAAAAAUUCAUUUACAUAGGACAAAAUGUUCUCAAAUUAUAAAAAAUGUGCUAUCACCCCAUUUCGCUGAAAACUUAAAAGAAGAUUUGAAAGAUCAACCCUAUAGUUUAUUGAUAGACGAAUCGACCGAUAUUUCCGUUCACAAAUAUCUGGGAAUAAUAAUAAUUUAUUACAGCUGCAGUCACAAAAAAAUAAUGUCUACAUUUUUAGAUCUUCCAAUGCUGAACGAGUGUGAUGCAGAUGGGAUUGUUGGUACCAUAAAAGCGACACUCGCUAGAUUUAAUAUACCUCUACAAAAUUUAAUGGGCAUCGGAACAGAUAAUGCUUCCGUGAUGACCGGCGUCAAUAACGGUGUAUAUGCUAAACUGAAAAAGGAUUUGCCGAGUUUAGUUUUGGUGCGUUGCAUUUGUCACUCUCUGCAAUUGGCAGUAUCGGCAGUAACAAAGCAAUUUUUACCGAGAAAUCUCGAGUUUAUUAUUAAAGAAACAUAUGAUUGGUUCAAUCGAUCUUCGUCAAGGCAAGCGGCUUACAAAGAACUAUACAAACUUAUAAACGACGGUCAUGAUCCAUUAAAAAUUGUACAGUCUUGUCAAACUCGAUGGCUUUCUAUAGAGUCUGCAGUUGCACGCAUUUACGCACAAUGGUUGGAACUGAAAACACAUUUUAAUAUGGCCAAAUUGAAAGAAAGGUGUUACACAGCAGAAUUGCUGCAUGGAAUGUAUUCAGAUGACGCGAAUUAUGCGUACAUUUCAUUUAUGUAUCCAAUUCUCACUGAAAUUAACAGAGUGAAUAAAUUAUUUGAAUCGAAAGAUGCAGAUCAUACAAAACUGUACGACGAAUUGACAAAUUUGGUUGAUUCACUUGUUGCCAAAAUAGUACUGCCGACCCAGAAGGUAGACGUUUUUACGCAAAACAUUAAAGAUUUUGUUGAUAAGAAAUGUUAUUUGGGGUACAGAUUCGAAUCUUUUGUGUCAACGAUGAGAGAAAAAGGACUUCCACGGAAUGAAGAAGAAAUGAUACGUAAUAGGUGCAUCCAGUUUAUUGUGCAGUUGGUUAAUGAACUGAAAAACAGAUUGCCCGAAAACUUAAAACUCAUGAAAAAUAUGAAAAGAAUUAGUGUAGAUUGUGCACUGUCUCACAAUAAAGAGCCGAUCACUGACCUGAUCUUACAUUUUAAUAAAAAUCAAGAAUACAUAGCGAAAGUUGACGAGCAGUGGCGUCAAAUCCAUUUACUCAAAUGGAUAAAUACAAAAAAUACCAAGGAAUUUUGGUACGAGGUGCUGGAUUUCGAAGACAUUGCAGGAGAAAACCGAUUUGAAGAUUUAGCCACGUUUGCUAUAUCUUUAUUAGUUUUACCGCACUCUAAUGCUGAAGUAGAGCGAUUAUUCAGCAUGAUGAAUAUCGUGAAAACAAAACACAGAAACCGAAUGAAGCUAGAUCUACUUACAGCUUAUGACAAUCCGCGCAGGUUUAAAACGCGAAGGAAAGUGUUGCAAUAA